AUGCUCGCGUGGAAGCGCGGCACGCACGACGAGACGUUGCUCUACCUGCUCGAGCUCGCCUAUGCGCUGCACGGCUUCGGCUCCGAGUCCGCCGCGGCUCUCCGCACCGCUGCGCCGCCCAACGGCUGGUCAAACGACGGCUUUAGCGAGGCGGCGGCGCAGGCGUGCCUCUUUUGCCUCGCGGUGCUCCCGCUGCUCGGUGGCGGCGCGACCGUCUUCGGGCGCGUCGUCCUCGACCGGAUCUUGCCUGUCGUCCAGCCGCCCACUUCGCUGACCCACCCAGUCCGCGUGCGGCUCGCGCUCGCCUCGCUGCAGAACGCCUCGUCCGACCCGCGCGCCGCCUCCUGCUUCCGCGAGAGGGGCAAGGACAAGGGGAUGCGCCAGAAGCUCGUCGACACGCUGUGGGCGGCGGCGGCGCUGCCGCACGCCGCCGCGUCGGAUCUCGCCCUCGGCACCAUCGCCAACCUCGCGGCGGUCGCCACGGCGCGCUCCUCGGCCGACGAAGAGCUGACCGAGGCCAGCUUCGCGCUGCCGCUGGUGAUGCCCGAGCCGGCGGCGGUGGGAACUUUCCACCGCGAGCCUCCCCCGGCGCUGCCGCUGCCACCCGCGGCGGCGAGCCCGAGCGCCGAGGGCUACCGCGCGCUGCCGCGGCUGUGCGUCUCGCUCACCUCGCACGCGCCGCACGCGGCGCUGCGCCGCGCCCUCGGCUCGCUCGUCGUCCUGCUCAGCUCGCGCUCGCUCGACGCGGCCACCGCCCUCUCCCUCCUCUCCGCGUACGGCUGCGUGGACCGGCUCGUCGCGCUCGCGACGGCGCCUUCGGAGGCCAAGGAGGACGGCUCGGCAAAGGCGCUCAUCCGGGACGCCGCCCUCGUCCUCCUCGGCGCCCUCCGGCUCGUGUAUGGGCUCGGAGGCGCGCGGCUCGUCGCGCCGCACCUGUCCGCGAUCACGCCGCCGGCGAUCGCGGCGCUGGUGUCGACCGAGCCGCGCGCCCGCAUGGCGGCCGCCUUCUUCUGGCACGACGCCACCGCCGCCAAGGGGCCCGCGACCAGCCUCGCGCGAGCGACGGUGCCGGCAGGCAAGCUGGCCGGCGCGGGCAUCCCCAUCGGCAAGACGGCGACGGGCGGCGCGCCGGCCUUUUGCUCGGGGCUGGGCGUGAUGCGCCGGCUCGCCACAUCCGCCCCCGACGCAUCGCCGGCGGAUGGGCGCCUCGCUCUCCUGGCGGCGGGCGCCGUCUCGCACGUGCUGCAGCACUCGUCGCUCUCGCACUUGUGGACGAGCGCCCCCGACUCGCUCUCCUACCUCGAGCGGCUCUCGGAGGAGGAGGCCGCCGAGCUCGUGGCGCUCCCAAUCUCGCUCGCCAAGGAGGGGGUGAUGGUGAUGGUCGAGGGGGCGGCGGUGGAAGGGGUGAGCGUGCCCUGAGCGCUGAGGGAUCACCACCGACACUUUCGCGAGUUCUCGGCAGGUGAGCUACGCCAACACACCCUGGGCGCGCCACCCUCCAAGGCAUGUGAAAUUCAUGUGUGUGAUCUCUCUUGUGUGUGUGUGUUUUGUCUUCUCUCUUGUGUAUAACCAAACUCGUUG